AUGUCAGAACGCCAGAAUCGGGGCUUCUCCUUCUUUGGCAUGGUCGCCGCAACGAUGGCCUUGUUGAAGCUGAAGGAACGAUGGGAUGAAUACAAACAAGUCCCCACUGAGGAGGAGGAAGGGCGAAUUGCGUUGAACUCGAACGAGCGGGAUGAGGAGGGAGCUCGCCUGCUGCCACAGGUGGUAGAGGUGCAGCUUCAUCCCCGUCCAGUGAAGAAGCGGGGCUGUUGUAUUUGCUGCGGACUCGACUGCACAUUGUUUUGGAAGGCCGUUGGCAUCGUGAUUGCCGUCCUCACUAUUUGGAAUGCUUUCAAAUUGGUCCGAUGGGCCGUAACACCUUCGCCUACUGGUUUGGAGACGAUGCCAGCAUUCAGCACAUCCUUAGGAUGCAUGAAGGCGCCAUACAUCUACAAUUCCUCUCGACUUGCCGUCUACGUGCCCAUGGGCACUCAGGAAUCCGACCACGGUUUCGACAUCCACGGAAACGCUGUAGGAACGAUCACAAUCGCCGCGGGCGAGGCCAGUUCCAGCUCUAUCAAAUACGAGAUGACCAUACGGGCAACUGAGCGCUCCCUGCUCGACACCAUUAGUCUGUCCCGCCCCGUGGAACUGCCGGAUGGUACCGUUGAGAACAGCCGUGCUGUCCUUGGAACGCCCGUCUUCAGUGAUAGCGCCUCAUGCGUGCGGUACGACAUCACCAUCUACGUCCCCCCGACACUGAAGAAGCUGCAUGUCGCCGCACACACUACGACGCACAUCCAAUUCGACCCGGAAUCCCACAUCAACAUCGACAGCCUGUUCGUAACUGCAUACGCAAUGUCCACAGACAACAUGAUCUUGCCCCACGACAACCUGCACGCAAAGCAGCUGUCGCUGGAGGUAUACCGUGGUUGGAUUGUCGGCGAAGCCGCUAUCGUCGACAGUACCCGCAUCACCAGUCAGCGAGGUGACGGCAUCAUCAAUGUUAAGACGAUCCCCGCUGCGCCCAUCGACGAGAUCAACCCAGAGACUGCUCACUUGCAGACCACGACUGGAGCCGGGCGUACCGACAUCUUCUUCAUCUCGCCAAAGUCUCAAUCACACCGCCCCAUCAACAGCGUGCACAUGUCAUCCCGAAAUGCCGACAUGUACAUUACAUAUCGCGAAGCAGAGUUCGAUGGACGCGUUGACUUGGAUGCAAGAUCAUUCUCCGCUACAGGAUUAUCGUCUUUCGAUGGCCCCGGACCCAGAACACGCCGUCCUUCGGACAACGACCCUAACACCCUGGAUCUGGAUCUUCCUGGCAAAGCUCGCGACGACGAGAAGUUCACCCAUUAUCAUGGGGAUAGCGACGGUCUUGAUAAGCUGUUUAUCAAGACAAGGGGUUGGGCUGGUGUCUAUUUCUAA